AUGGCAGUCACAUCUCGAAUCAAGUCGCUCUUCCAGCAAAAUAAAAACCCCCAGCAGAAUCCGCACCUCGAAUCACCAAAUUUUGAACCGAAAGAUUCAACUCCUGCAAUUAACGUGGCCCAGCAGGAUGGAGGGGUUAUGGAAGAGCCUCCCCAAGGGGAAUUGACUUUCGAGGAAGAUACCCAAGGAGGGAUGGGUCGGCAUCUAGGAUUACUCAGUACCACCUUUUUAAUGUACAACUGCCUCCCUUGUCUUCCAUUUCCCGAUACAAAAUCCCAAAAUUUUCGUCUAAAACUUCCGUAAACGGCUCUGACCCCUCAAAAGAAUAGGUCGCAUAAUAGGGACCGGAAUAUUCUCUACACCUAGCUCAAUAGUCGCCUCCGUCGGCUCUGUAGGAGCAGCCCUUAUGCUCUGGACAGUCGGCGCUCUAGUCGCCUUCUGCGGCCUCUUCGUCUGGCUCGAAUUUGGUUGCAUGUUUCCUCGCUCAGGAGGAGAGAAAGUCUAUCUCGAAGCCGUGUACCGAAAACCGAUACUCCUCAUCACUAUAAUAUUCUCCACACAAGCCGUGCUACUAGGAUUCACUGCCGCGGGGUGCAUCAUAUUCGCAGAGAACAUCCUGGUCGCAGCAGGAGCUACGGUAUCAGAGUGGAAACAGAGAGGGAUAGCCAUUGGUGUUAUCACUUUCGUUACUAUCUUGCAUACUUGGUUUCCCAAGGCGGGAGUGGCAUUGAUGAAUGUUCUGAGUAGUGGCAAGAUUUUUAUCUUGCUGUUUAUUGUGUUUACUGGGUUUGUGGUGCUGGGAGGUGGUGUGAAGAGCGUUCCUGAUCCUAGGGCGAGCUUUCGUGACUCGUUCAAAGGAAGUGUUGCUUCUAGUGGUCCUUAUGCGACGGCUAUGUUCAAGGUGCUCAACUCUUAUUCUGGGUGGAACAAUGCGGCGUAUGUUUUGAACGAGGUUAAGAGACCGGUUCGGACUCUGAAGAUUGCGGGUCCUCUUGGAUUGGGAAUUUGUGCUGUGCUGUAUUUGCUUGCUAAUGUUGCUGUAAGUGUCCUUCUGCUUUUGUUUGCCUGUGAUGAAACCACAUUCCUUCCUCCCACGAGACCAGUCUUUCUCCAAGGAUUUUUUGAAGCUCUGAACAUGUCGCUAAAAGAGCCCUCAAGUACUUCGCAGUGGCAACCCCAACAGAAAUUGCCAAAUCCGGCACAACAGUAGCCGCCUAUUUCGUCGGGAAAGUCUUCGGUCCCAUUGGACGAAGAAUAGUAUCCAUCUUUGUCGCUCUCUCAGCUCUCGGCAAUGUAUUAACAGUAACCUUCGCACAAUCACGAGUAAACCAAGAACUAGCGAAAGAAGGUGUGCUACCAUGGGGAAAGUUCUGGGCAAGUAGCUGGCCAAAUGGUGCGCCUGGUGCCGGAUUAUUGUUGCAUUUCAUUCCGAGUUUUAUUGUGAUUGUUGGGGUCCCGAGGGGUGAUGCUUAUGUGAGUACUUAUUUUUCCUUUCAAUAAUGAACAGGAAUUUUGCUCGACUCCCAUUACUAGAUCUUAUAAGCAGCUUUCUUCUCCCGAAGGCCAAGAAGCACAGCUAACGAACCCCAGUCUUUUAUCUUAGACGUAGAAGGCUACCCGACCUCGAUUAUGAAUACUCUCGUCGUUGUCGGUCUCCUCCUCUACCGCUACCUUCCCGCCUACAAACUCGGCUCCCCAGCUCGACCCUUCAAGUGUCCUCUCGCAAUCGCACUCUUCUUUCUAGCCGCCCAAGUUUUCUUACUCGUUGAUCCAUUCAUCAAGCCGCCUAAUGGAAAGGGCGAUAACAGCUUGCCAUAUUGGUUGUAUCCUAUUGUGGGGAUUGCAGUGUUGUUAGCGGGUGUUGCGUAUUGGUUUUUGUGGAGGGUUGUGAGACCGUGGUUAGGCGGGUUUAGGUGGGUGGAACGGAGGGAGGUAUUGAAGGAUGGGACGGUUGUUAGGGGGUGGGAGAAGGGGAGGAGUGAGUAG